CCCAAAGACAACAUCUCAAUUGACUGAGCAGAGAACACUCGUCUCUUGCUCUUUUAUCCAAUUCUCGUCAAACACCGCUCACACUGCAUUCUGAAGCUACCAAUUGCUUCUGAUUGACACCCUCUUCUCUUUCUAUUCAUCGCAGUCAAACGACACCUCCCCCGCAUCUUCAAGAUGGCUGCGAAUAAGACUUCAGCUAUUGCUGACCAGGAACCUGUCGAUAUCCUCUUUGCCCUGCAACCAGGAUUCGACAUGCUUGACUUUGCAGGCCCAUUGGCUGCCUUCUCCAAGGCGCAGCACAAUCCUACUGAUUCCUCCACCAAAGCAUUUGAGGUGACGCUUGCGGGCCUUGAGCCCCAGGUCCUCUCCGCCCAGGGCACCAUUGUGCAGUCCCAGAUCAACUUCAAGGAAGCUCAUGAGCGCCUUGAGGAAUUUGACGUUCUCGUCGUUCUCGGUGGAAACGUCGAUGAGGUCGUCAAGAAGGAGACUGAGCCUCUUGGCCUCAUCACCGCCUUUUCCGACCUUCAGAAGAAGGAUCCAGCCAGAGAGCGAACAGUCCUGUCCGUCUCCACCGGCUCACACCUGCUUGCCCGAGAGGGCAUCCUCUGCGGCCUUUCCGCUACCACACUGUCCGACCACCUUACCACAUUUGAGAACCUUUGCAGCGAUGCUGCCACCCGAUACCUGACUGAGCGAACCGAUGUCAUUGAAGAUGCCCGAUAUGUAGUCAACAACCUUCGCUUUGAGCUCACUGAAGAUGAGAGCCCAUACACACGUCGCGCGUCCGAUGCUGGACGACCUCACGGCCGAAAGGGAAGCAUCUCCUUCAAGGAGUCCAACACACGUCGUGAGUCGAUUGCCAGACGUGCCGCCAUGCGCCUUGGUGGCCUUCGAGUUAUAACCGCUGGGGCUCACGGCGCUGGCGUGGAUGCAGCUUUGUAUCUCGUCAGCGCCUUGGUGGAUGAGCAGUGUGCUGAGGAGGUGGCCAGGUCUAUGCAGUGGACUUGGACCAAGGGAGUUGUCGUCGACGGCCUCGACGUCUAAGCGACAUAAAGUGCCAUGUAAUUGCCAGCGGGAGCUUGGCUGUGUAGUAAAUCUUGCGGAUCUAAUGCGUACCUAUAAACGCAACCGCCAUGUUCAUCAAAGAACUAGCUGUAGUAUUAUGAUAUGAAUGGAAUGAAACUUGAACUCUUUUUUUUUUUUUACAUG